UGUUGUAGUGAACACCGUGAGCCAAACUCCUCCAGUGCGUUAAUACAGAGUGUGCUUUAAAGCCUCGCUUCACAUGGUGCUUUCAUAAACUAAAGUAACAGGAACCCAAGCUUUUCUUUCUCUGCAGCUGAGACCAUCAUGAGACCUGGUGAGAUGUGGAGGUAAAAACGCAAUCGAUUCGUGCCAUUGUCCCGCGCACACACGCGCUCGGUGGGAGUCUCUCUCUGUUCCGCGCAGAUGGCAGAUGGAUCCGGUUCCAGACGGACUCUGUGCCGGGUUUUCGUCCCUCCCUCUUCAGAUCAAUGAAGUCUCAUCGCCGAACUCAUCGCGCACAGAGAGCGAGCGGCGCGGCGUGGCGCGUCAGUCAGUCAGAGGAACCGCCGCGUGCGUCACGACCGGGAUCGAGGAUGGAGAAUCGCGCUGUUUAACGACACGGUAUCGCUCGCGCUGAUCGUUUCCAUUCACGGGAGCGCAGGAUCCUCAAUCGCGCGGAUUGAUUGAUUGAUUGAUUAGUAGCGGAUUUUGCGGUGAUUUUGACCAUCAUGGGCUGCGUCACUGGAGAUAUUCACCGGAGCAGACUUUACGCACUCCUCAUCGGGCUGCAUGUUCUCACCGGUGUCUCCAAAACGCACGGCUCGGAUGCUCGGCGGUCUUUCGUGGAGCUGCGGUUCGUGCUGGAGCCGCAGGACGCGGUGACGGUUCGGGGCGGUGUGCUGCAGCUGGACUGCGAGGCGCGCUCGGAUCAGGGCGUUCCGGUCAUCUCCUGGAAGAAGGACGGUGUGCUGCUGAGCGCGGUGGUGGACGAGCGCAGACAGCAGCUUUCCAACGGAUCGCUCCUGGUGCAGAACGUGCUGCACUCGCGCCACCACCGUCCAGACGAGGGCUCGUACCAGUGCCUGGCCUUGCUGGAGGGCCUCGGAGCCAUCGUCAGCCGCACCGCUGAAGUCUCCGUCGCCGGUCCUCUACGCGUGGUCGUCCCCACUGAGUCGGUCUCGGCUCAUCUGGGCGACACGGCUCUGCUGCGCUGCGAGGUGACGGGCGAGCCCAUGCCCGUGGUGCGCUGGCAGAAGAACAGGGAGGACCUGCCCUUGACUUUUGACCCCGACAGCAGAGUGGUCAUCCUGCCCUCCGGAUCUCUGCAGGUCAGCAGAAUCCAGCCGCCGGACUCGGCCACAUACCGCUGUCUGACGGAGAACCCCAGCAGCUCCCGCACCGGCACAGACGCCGACCUGCGCGUCAUACCGGAGCCCGGAGUAGCGCGAGCACUGACGUUCCUCCAGAGGCCUCAGAAGGUCACGGCUCUACAGGGCAGAGAUGCGGUUCUAGAAUGUUCCGCCUCCGGCUAUCCCACCCCAUCCUUCUACUGGAUGAGAGGAGACGAGCUGAUCCAGAGCAGAUCAAAGAAGUACUCUCUCCUGAGCGCCAGCAACCUUCUGAUCAGCAGCGUCACAGACGACGACUCGGGAGCAUACACCUGCGUUGCUCACAACAAACAGCAGAACAUCUCCGCGCCCUGCGAGCUCUCCGUGCUCGUGCCUCCUCAGUUCCUCAGCUACCCGUCGAACACGUAUGCGUAUGAAAGCACGGACAUCGAGAUGGAGUGUGCCGUGACGGGAAACCCGCAGCCCACCGUCCGCUGGGUGAAGAACGGAGAGGCCGUCAUUCCCAGCGACUACUUCCAGAUCGUGGAGGGCGGUCAUCUCCAGAUUCUGGGUCUGGUUCGCUCAGACGAGGGUUUCUAUCAGUGUAUCGCUGAGAACGAAGCGGGAAACAGUCAGGCGAUGGCUCAACUCAUCCUGCUGCAGCCCGCUGUCCUGACAGACACACAAAAACUGCUCUCUAUGGAGCCUGAGUGUAAACUCAAUCCAUCCCAGAUUAAUUGGGACAAGGAUGAGACCAGAGGAGAUGAUCUGAGACGAGGAUGA